AAAUACCACGUGUUAGGUUAUUGUUGUUUAGUUUUUCGGUCUAUAUGCCUGAGAAAGAUGAUUAAAUUAAAUCAAUUAAACUUAUGGCAUAUUGAUUAUAAAGAUUUUCUUGUCUCUCAUCCUGUUUAUGGUAAAUUUUAUCGGCCAAAAAUUUGGUGUUCAAGGUGUAGAAAAGAGGGAAAUCAUCCAGUUAAACUUUGUCACCUUCCAAAGUAUAAAAUAUGUUACAUUUGUGGUGCAACUGGACACUUGGGUCAACACUGUCAAAAUCAACACUGUAAACGAUGUAUGAACUUUCAUUCAACCCCAAAGUGUAAUCUUAAUGUACGAGAGUUAAAGUGUCGUAUAUGCAGUAAAUAUGGUCACCUAGAUGAUGUUUGUCCAAACCAUUGGAGGAAAUUUUUUAAUACAACUGAUCCACAAAUUGAUCCAGAUAAAAGUGUUACUCGUAUUGAAAAAAAUACCAAUAAAAGUUGCUCAAUGUGUGGACGACGUCAUCAGCAUUAUUCAUUUGAAUGUGAAAGACUUCGUAGUCGACCCAUUGAAAUAAGUUCACCGUAUGAUAUGAAUACUACAUUUGGUGGUGGAUUUAUUCCCAUUCGAAAUGAACAACCUCCAAAAUUAUCCCAAGAAUAUCAUCAAGAUCAUACACCUAAACAAUUAGACUCCACACCAACACCAACACCGACACCAACAUCAUCAUCAUCUCGCAAAUCGUCCUCUCACAAUUCAUGGCCACGGUAUUUCACCUGGGAGGCCAAUGAAUCACAAACUGAUCAACCACCAACCACCAGUAGUUGUCGACCACCAUCACCACCAGUGAUCUCCCUCAUAUCACCUCCUCUUCCACCACCCGAUUACUACAAACACAAUCAAAACAACAACAACAACAACAACAGCUACAGCAAUAAUAGUAAUGAUAACAGCUCCUAUUCCUCCUCUAAAAAAGCUAAAAAUCGCAGAAAGAAGCAAAAGGAGAAAGCGAGAAGGAAAAAGAUCAGAGAUGAGACCGUCGCCAUGGCCGUUAAGAAAGUAAAUGAAAGUGAUUACAUCAAAGGAGGUUCCAUACGAUCGGGUAGAGUGAAAAAGACGAAAUUCAAACAAAAUAAACACCAAAAAAGGCAACAAAUUAAAUACGAACAUGAGUUAUUACGACAAUCAGCGCAAUCAAGGCAAUCAAGCAUCAAACGAUUCUAUGGACCAAAAAGAAAUUCUGACAGGAAGAGAGAGUUGAGACGUUGAUUAAAUUGUCCCAAUGAUCAAAUUUUCUCUUCUAAAUAUAAUCACAAUCUUAUUGUAAAUAAUUUGAAAGGUUUUAUGGUUCACAAUUUGCCUUCUGAAUGCAAUCAACACUCUCGCAUUUAAUUGCAACAACCAACUCAACGUGUGAUACUUUCAUCAAAUCUUUUUUUGUGAAAAUUUUCCUAAUCCAAACAAUCAAUUAAUCUAAUUGUCCUAAUCCUGCCCUUCAUUGGAUCACACAAUUAUAUUGUCCUUCUUGUAACUUUUUCCUCUCCCAUUUUUUGAUUUCCAUUUCCCUUCUUAUCCCUUUAAUUAUCACAAUUAAGAUCUUCAGUUGUGUAUUAAUCAAUGUGUAUUUCAAGACUAUUUUGUCAAUGACGAUAAUGUGAAAAUCUUUAAACAUCACAAUUAAUCACAAUAAUUAUCGAACAAGCAAAAAACUAAUACAAACCAAUCAACUAUCCUUGCAAGUUAAUUGCUCCCUAAAUCAUGACUAUUUUUACUGUUGCAAUUUAAAACUACGAGAUAAAGUUGAUCAACAAUUAACUGGAAAUAAAAACAAUAUAAUUCAAUGGAAACAGUUAA